AUGGACUACGAUUCAGAGGUGACAGAAACUAACUACACUCGAGACUACUUUGUAGGGCUUGUCGACCAGGCGCAGACCGAGGAUGAUAUUGCUGACUUGAUCACGUUGUGUGGUACCCUAAAUGGAAGUGAGCUUGAACUUGCUCUACCAUCGCUCUGCUCGCUUGCAGAGAAGUGCUCGGAGGCUAUGAAAAGUCGUAUCAUGGAUCUGAUUCACUUCACUCUAACAGAUGACAAUUCGUCUCGAUCUGUAAGGAAAGGUGCAAUCUCGUGUCUCAAAGCUCUUACGCAAGGGAAGACUGUCUGGUAUGAUUUCUUCUUGCUAGCACAAGGCUUGGAAGAGCCUCAAGUCCUGUUUAUAAGAGCGUUCGCCCACUCAAAUGGAUGGGUUCGACUCUGGGCUUUAGAGAAGCUCGUAGCGGUAGAGCCAAUUUUUAUGGCUUCGGAUCAAGACAGUGGUGAAGCAGUCAAUGAAAUUGGUGUUCUCACUGCAGCCUUCUCUCGUGAAGAUCCUUCACUCCUGGAUACCUUCGUUUGUAUGGAAACAUCACGCCAGUUGCUGAGCCAGCAGUUUGAGUCACACGACAUGAUCAAACUGACGUUACUUCGUCCACGAGAUUUCCAGAAGGAUGAUUUUGCUGCUCUGCUAUGGGCUCGUGCACGCCUAUCUGGUCAUGAAGACCAGCUACAAAAGUUGAUUGAACUAGAAUUAGCUGAUCGACUCAUGGCCGUGGAGGAUGGCGUAGAUAUGGCACUAUCUAGCGCGAUGGUGAAAGACCUCGACACUUUGCUGUCCUUGCUGUGUGCUUCUUCCAAAGGAUUGGCCUCAGCUGAUAUUGGACUUGCACAUCUUAUUCAUGGAUACAUUUUGUUACGCUGUGCUGUAACCACCGCGGCUGGCGCAGAUUGCUACAUAAUUCACGCUGUCUACAUAAGACUUCUGGAGCGACUGCAGUACCCCCUCAACUCGAUCGCUGAUCUUGCUGUCACUCUCAUAUCUGAGCAUCUCUAUAUUAAGGAGGGCAUUCCACUACCUCGAGAAAUGCUUUUGGUUAGACUGUUGUGUGACAUAUUCGACAAUCUUACAAGAGAAGAUAAAGAUGAAUUAAUUCCGAAAAUUUCACAAUAUUUUGGAACCGAAGGUCUUGCGCCUGUGCGACGUACAGUGACCGACUUCUCGCAUGCUAAGGAUAUCAGCAAGCUAACCUCUACGCUUCACGAGUAUCGUCUCAGGCUCAUAAUCAAAUGCCAUUUGGCGAGCGUCUUUCGGAGGAAUGUUAAUGAAUUGGUGAAAGAAUGCGUGGAUUGGCUUGAGUGUGCUUCCACAUACUCAGUUGCUGACUGUUACCUAAACAUAGUCGACAUGCUAGUAGAAAAGGUCUCAUGCAAUCAAACUCUACUAAGCGUGUUGACAGCGUCAUUCAACGUGAUGAACGAGGAACGAAAGUCUCAACACUUUUUGCCAGCUCUACGACGUACUUUGAGGCUAUGCCUCAAAAAGUUGGCGAUGGCUCAACCUGACGUAAUGCGGCUUAUAUUGGGCAAAUGUUCUCAAUUACUGGAAUUAGCUCAUUUGAACACUCCGGUGGCUCUUGUUCUUUCGCAAUGUCUUUUGGAUAGCUGCAUGUCGAAUCCCUUGAGUGAGGAGUGGGCCAUGAUUGUAUUUGCCCUAGCUGUUUUUGGACCAAUACCAAAAAAGGAGCAUCGGGUGCUGAACGCUGCAUAUGAGAUGAUUUACGAAGAACGUGUAAACGAUUUCAAUGAUAUACACAGUUCAUUCGGCUUAUCGCUCGCUCAUCGUCAAAAUACUCGUGCGGCUGCUCUCUUGCUGCUGAUAUCUGACUAUGUACAAGAUGAGGACGCUAUUGAUGAAGUAUUUUCGAAUUGCGUUGAUUGGAUAGUGGAUCCAUGUCAGCAGUUCUCUAUCAAGUUGCUGUUGGAAUGGGUUCUAGUGCGAAUAGCCACCCGUUCCUCGGAACUGAAGCGAAGAGUGGUAGACUUGGAAAGAUUAUUUGCAAACAAGAGAAUUGGGAGCGUAUCUUCGUGGAUUAAUAUGAUGGUGCUGAUAUCUCGCAUGGAAGCUGAGGCUUCUUUAUCCUUUUACAUAGAAUUGAUCUUGCCAUGGACGACUGCACAAAAUUUCGCUGUGCGGUGCACUGCUAUUGCUGCUUUACGGCUGCUAUACAAUAUGGUUGCUUGUGAGGAGCUUGAUAAGUGGAACCUGGUUCGAAGAGUAGUAGAAUUCGAUAGUGAACCAUCUGGAAAUUCGAAGCGAAUAGUAGAGAAUCUGGUGUCAGAUUUCUAUUUUGCUUACUUGCAUCCCACAAAGCACUUCGAUAUGCAAACAAUUCUGACUGAACUACCGUCAAGAACAGGCAUGCCGUCUGAAGAGACUAUCGGCGUCGAUCUCCUAAAAAAGUUCAAUUCAUCAGAAGUGCCAAGCUGCAAUGAAGACUCACAAUUUUUGUCUGCUCAGUCUCUAGUGUACUCAGGUGAUCUAGAUGAGGAAGCACUUUCAAAAAGCAACCGAUGCGCACCUGAUAUCAACGAACACGGGCUUGAAGAUGAAUUGCUGGACAACAAAAGUUCUUCUCUUGUUCAACGUAAACUCAUCACCAAAGAAAGAAUCCUGAACAGGUUGUGCCGUACUUGUGAGAUAUUUGGCGUGGACCAGCUAGUUAUUGCUGAUCCCAUAUUUGUAUCUGAUGUUGGUUUCAAAGCGCUGAGCAUGUCUAGCGAGAAGAAGCAGAAAAUAGAAUUUGUUCGACCCGAGCAACUUUUGGGUUACUUGGAAGAAAUGCGUCAGAAAGGCUACACUGUCAUAGCAGCAGAACAAACUACUGAUAGUGUUUUCUUACACAAAUUCAGUUUCCCUAAGAAGACUGUUCUUGUCCUCGGUGACGAAAAGGAAGGAGUUCCAGUGAAUUUGUUAAGAUGUGUUGACCAAACGGUUGAAAUUCAGCAGCUGGGCCAAACUCGCAGCCUCAACGUUCAUGUGUCAGCAGCGCUUUUUAUAGCAAAAUAUGCUGAGCAAAAUCUUUUAGGCUGA